AUGCAUACUGUUAUGACCCGUGGUAACGCGAUUUUAGCGUACUCGCUGAGCGUUCUUUCCGUGCUUACGUUCUGCUGCUUCGCUUCCACAUUCUUCUACGAUUAUCGUACGGAUGCACGGAUCAACACGGUGAAGGUGCUGGUCAAAAAUGUGCCCGAUUUCAGUGCAUCGCGGGAGAAGAAUGAUCUUGGAUUUAUUACGUUUGAUCUCGCCACGGAUCUGAAUCCGCUGUUCAACUGGAAUGUGAAGCAACUCUUCCUUUACCUAACGGCGGAGUACACCACGGACCAGAAUGCACUGAACCAGGUCGUGCUGUGGGAUAAAAUUAUUCUCCGCGGCGAGAACGCCAACCUGGACUUCAAGAACAUGAACACAAAGUAUUAUUUCUGGGAUGAUGGAAAUGGUUUGAAGGGACACCGAAAUGUGACGUUAACGUUAUCGUGGAACAUCAUCCCGAAUGCUGGACUAUUGCCCAGUGUGUUCUCCCACGGGCAGCAUUCGUUCAAAUUUCCCGAAGCGUACAUUGAGUCACCGGUCUAG